AUGGAGUCAUCGUCCUACCAAGCCGACGCUCUCCCAGCCUCGCCAUUGCUUCGCCUUCCUUUCGAGAUCCGUCUCAUGAUAUACGAGUACUUGCUUCUACCAUCGACGAUCCCCACGACCGGAAACGGAACGUCAGUCGCAAACUUGAUCCCCGACUUCCACACAUACCUUUCAGACGAUACGAACAAUGAUGCUUGUACGUUGAGCGUACGGACUAUGGAUCCAUGGCUAGGGUCGCAAGGCCCAAAGACGUGGAGACGAAGGAGUACAUACCACAUUAGAACCGGCCCCUUCCUAACAACCACAACACCAACAACCUACCGCGUCCUCCUCUCGCCCUACACAUCGCACCUCCGCUACACCGUCCCCUCGCUCCUCUUCUUGAACCAGCAAAUCCAUGCCGAAGCCAGCAAGAUCCUCUACUCAACCUACACCUUCGCCUUCCACACCAGCAUCGAAGCCGCCGUCCCCUUCCUCUCCGACCUGACACCCAGAAGCCGAGCGUCCAUACGGCACAUCAGUGUAACGAAAAAGGCCUUGCCAUACAGCAAGGAAUUCGACCGCGCAGAAUGGGCAAGUCUAUGCGAAUACCUCGCUACACCCUCUUCUCCCUCCGACGAUGAUAGUUCCGAGGCAGUACCCCCCAUCUCCCUACGCACCCUAAACCUCAACGUUAUAUCCGGCAAACCAGACCACGGCUGGGACGCCAUCACGCCCAUCACACCUUCUGAUUUCGACACCAUGCUACGCAUGAAGAACGAGUGGCUCGGCGGUAAUGGCGAUUUCGGCGGCGUGGAUCUGGAGUGGGUGGAGCAGGUUAUGGCGAUUAAAGGAUUGCAGGAGGUUAAUGUCAAAGCGAUGGUGGAGAGGUGUGCGAGUCCGGUCAGUGAGAAACAGGCUUUUUGGAUUGCGUUUAGUAAGAGUGUUGAUGAGGGGGGGUUUGGCGCGUGGGUUCGGGGGAGGAUGAUCCGGUAG